UUCCACAUUAUUUUUGGCAAACUGGUAGGCUUCGUCGUUGGAUUCCGUCGCCACAAAAUGCCAGCCAUUUUUCCGCGCGCCCAGCAGCGGAUAAAUACACGACGCACCCGCACCCACAUCCAAUCCCCAAACCUCCCCCGUCGUCAAUCCCUGACUCUCCAGCAGAUCCUCCACCCACAGAACGUAGUUCAGCCGAUUGGGCACGGUGGGGAUGAGGUGAUUCAACGGCAGAUCCACCGAUAAACCAAAGUCCUGGCGCAGCAGCGCGCAUGUCAGUGCGCGGAGUGCCGCGGGAUUGUCGAAGUUGUAGGAGACGGUGUUGCGCUCCGCAUCGAUGCUCAUGUACUCCGCCAGAUCCGGAUUAGUUGCGGAGAGUUUACGGAAAUCCGGCGGGGAUUUGUAAAUGUUUCGCGGAUGCAUAAAACGGUUUAACGACAUCGUGUCAGAAAUUUAAUUAUUCAAUUAAAUGGCGAAAGAAUUUUAUUGAGUUUUGUGGAAAACAGAAAGUUUUCAGAUGGUUUCACCGUUUCAACUGCUGCGACGAAGGCGCGUAAAACAUGAAAAAUGCAGAUCGUUUCCGAUUCCAUUGGUAAACGCAACCCACAACACGCCAACUAAUAUUCACUUCCGGUUCCAUUGGAUUCCCAAUCGAACGAGUUACUGGUAGUCGCUACUGGAAUGUUGUCGUUUUUGGGUGUUCCGGUGUUCGGCUUUUGCCGCAAAUCGUCAGACGCUACUGCAGAAGCCACAACCGAAUUUCUGAUUUUGUAUUCUGAUUUUUCAUUCUGAUUUUUCAUUUUUCAUUCAUUUCUGAUUUUGUAUUCUGAUUUUCUGUAUUCUGAUUUUUCAUUUUUUUGUCUCGCAACGUUCACUUUGUUUCGUCCCUCAUACUUUAUGCAGUAUCUUUCGACAAUCGACAUCAAUCUAUACGAUUCUGUGGAUUUUUAAACUGUCAGUUUCGUGACUUGCACAUACCACCAUGGCAAAAACGGAAUUAGCAACUGCAAGUCAAUCUGCUAAUGCACCCAGCAUUCCAUCCAGUGCUUCCGGAGUUUCUGGAGAAUCCUUGGAUCCGCCACCGUUGUAUCCGCCCCUGAACAUUCCCGAACCGCACAUCAGCGAGAAGAAAAAAGAGUCCAUGGAGAAGCUUCUGCGAUAUCGACAGUCCAUCGACGCUAUGCGCGCCAGUCGCUUCAACGACGAUGUCUUCAAGCCGACGAAGUACUUCUGCCCUCCGGAUUUCAGCGCCAAAAAGUCGCGGAGUGGCAAGAAAGCCCCGAAGAAGCUUCAGAAAAGCGUGGAGGACGCGGAGAAACGCUCCGAACGCGACGGCGAGGAUCCCGGGAGUCCCAAGGCAAAACCAGCCGGUCCGGAGGAUGAGGAGGCCAAGGAUAAGGAAGAAGAGGACGAGGAGGAGGACACCAACGUCAAAUCCGACUCGGAUGUGGAUGAUUACACGGCGGGCGCGGAGUUCGAGGAUGAUGAGGGGGGCUUCGAGGAGGGCGGGAUGGACAACGAGCACGACACCAUGUGAAGGUCCCCGUGGACGCUCAACGCUGUUUUAAUGACCAAGAGGAGCGUAAUCGCUGCUGUGAUAAAGGAGUUAUUGUUUGAAGCGUACAGGAUCUCGUCCAUGUUUACGUAUUGGUUUUGCUACCAAAUAUCUCUUGAAAGAUUAAACCUUGUGUGUAUUGAAGUACGAGUACACUGUACUGACUGUAGUAUCAGUGCAAAGACGGUGCUUUACAUUUUUUUGUAUUGGAAGUUGCGUGUGUGUUAUCUGUUUGGAAAAACAGAAAAGAAAGAUUAAAUCUUGUUAUCCAGUUUCCAAGUAUUUACCAAACUAUCGCCACCGUCCUGCAUCAAUGGUUCAUCACCCGCCCGAAAAACAACGCCAGUACUACUCAGAAGCCACAAUGUGCCUGAACAAUACUGAUUCCGAAGAUAAUUAACAAAAAAUCAACAACACCAACAGAAGACCAGUAAUUUUCUAAACUAAGAAAGAACUACGAAAACCUGAGAAGAGAGGUACCAUGUACAGAAGCCCAUAGAUCCCUGAUUUUCAACACCAAACAACAAGAGUGCGAAAGAGCAGCAACAGUACACAAGCCCGUAAAUUAUCCGUCUGAUAGUAUCUCCUAUCACACUCCGAAAUCAAGUUAAACAACACAACUUUAACAAAAAUCCGACCAAUUAUUCCCUCGUUAGUCAAAGACCGCAUUAAACUAUAAACUAUUCCUCUUACAACGACAUCCAGUGAUCGGGACGCGCAUUCUGCACCGGCAGCAUCACCGGCUCCUGCAACUGCCACACAUAGUACACGCGCCGCUCGCUCAGGCGCACCCGUCGCGCCAUCGUCACGCGGAUGGUGUCGCCGCGCGCCACCUCCACCGGUUGAAUCAGCGGGAAGAAUGCCGGGAACCAACUGGUCAGGCCGGUGGUGUGCAGCUCCGGAUGGAUGUUCAUGGAGACGUCCUUGUACAGCGUCAGAUCGAAGUAGCCCGCGAAGCCCGAGAGGGUGUAGGCCUGGUCCGCUGUGAACGUCAGCGUGGCCUCGCGCUCGUUGGAAUGUGGAGCUGAAUA